GAAUGCAUGGCUUCCAGCGCGGCGCCCAACAGUCCAGGCCCGGACUCUAAGAAACAUCUCUAAAACUUCUUCCAAAAUGUCGAUAUGGAGACGGAAUGGAGGCUGGACAGAGAGCUGGACUGAGACGCAAUCGGUCUGUGAAGAUGUCGAGCUGCCCCUGUGAUUCUGCUGCUGUGACUGUGGCUUUCAGGGCUGCUGAAUAAUAAAAUAGACUGCAGGACAACACAAGAGCUUUUCUCAGGAAACACACAGACCCAGUCAGAGCUUCCAAAGCUCCUCAUCACCACAUCCCUUUUGGGGUUGCUAUGGCAGCUGCUGUCACAGAAACCAAGUGCUGGACACAAGCUUGCCCCAGUAAGGCAGGACAGAACACUAGUCAUUGCCACAAGAGACCAUCAAAGAGUCAACAAACAGCACUUGGCGUUAAUUCUAGCACUCUAAGUUAACAAAACGACCAAAGGUCUGUAGGCUGAUGGUCAGCUCUCUGGAGGAUCCUCAUGAGUCUUGUCUGUGUCUGCUCAGGCUCUUGGCCAGAGUCCCUGUGCAGCAGCAGAGUCAGUACUGUUCCUUCUGUUAGACCAUGUUUCACCAGCAGGACCAUCUGAAGAGCCAGCUGCAGGACAGCCACCCAGUAGGCAGGCAGCUCUUCCACUGCCAGGAGUGUGGAAAGCAGUACAACACCCAGCUGGGUUAUAGACGCCACCUGGUGGGAGCACACAGUGCUGCAGCAGGCCUGCCCUGUCCAGAGCCUUCAUUGUUGGAGCACCUAGGCAGCCAUAUUGACAGGCCUCCACCAUCAGAGGGCAACAAUAACGCUACUGUGCCAGUGAGAGAGAGGAAGUACUCGUGUGAGCGAUGCGACCGCCGUUUUUACACUCGAAAGGAUGUACGGCGUCACGCUGUAGUGCACACUGGGCGCCGUGACUUCCUGUGCCCGCGCUGUGCACAACGCUUUGGCCGCAGAGACCACCUGACCCGCCAUUUGAAGAAGAGCCAUGCGCAGGAGUCCGGGUUGAUGCCACCCGGUACACCCAGCACUCCUGUGGCUACACCGACCCCUGCCACCCAGUGCCCGGUGAAGGAGGAGCACAGCCCUGUGGCCUCUGACAUGAGCUCCAUCUCCAAGGAGCCCAUGGAGACUUUCUCCAGAGACAUGUACAACUCCUACCCCAUGACUAAUCCUGUCCCCGGGAUGGGCCACCCUCACAGCCUUAUGCAGGGGUCCUUGACAUCGAGUAUGGGUGUGGCUCGCCACAUGCCCCCACAAUCUUCUCACCACCAUCACCUGCAGCCCUCGGUGGCUCCGCAACAGCAGCCCUACAACAUGGCCAGGUACCAGCACGGAUCUACCUCAUAUCCUCGCACCGACGUGGACAGUUUCCUGCUGGACCUACAGAGUGCCCCCCCACCUCACCUGAGUGCAGUCAACUCCUCUACCUCUACUUCUGCCUCCCCUCAGAGGGAGGUGCUGGGUGAAGGUGUGGGUGCUGGCGGCGACCCCCACCUGCUGUCCAGGAGCCCCGCUAUCUCCUCAACCGAGCUGUCCUGUACCACUAACAUGGACCUUGGGCCUCUGUUGGGCUUCUUGCCCUUCAGCCUGCCGCCCUACACCCCCCACAUGGGGAUGGGGGGGUUAGUGAUGAGCUAUCCACCCGCCACCACCACUUCCCCUCCAUCCUCUUCCACUGGGCUGUCCUCCCAGUCUCCGGGGCCUUUCACCUUCUUCCAGCCUCCACAGGCUCAUGUACCGCAGGGCCCUGGAGCCCAUAACCACAGCCAGCUACCUCAGGCAUACAGCAGUCCUGCUAUGAGCACCUCCAGCUCCCUACCUCACUACUACCAGGCCUUUCAGCAGUAAGCAGCUCUGUCCCCACGAACCUUACCUUCACAGGCUUUUUCAUGAAAAGGGUCAAACAUGAGAAUAGCAUCUUAUUGUAUGUGUGACUUUAGCCUGUCAGUGCUAAUGAUGCUAAUCUUUUUUUUUUUGUUGAACACAACAAAUCACCUCGUCAGUAUUACCUCAUUAUUUAAAAAGGAAGCUUGGACGUUUGAGGAUAUGUAGUUGGUGUUACUACAACCAAAGUAGAGUACUUCUUCUUUUUGCCAGACCAGUUACCAACAGUGGAUGCACUUAACAAACUUGGCACAAUGCUGAUAGUUAUAAAGAUUUAGGUUAUUAAGGAAAAUGCUACCGUGUUAGGCAAUGUCACCUUCCUUACUGAAGCUGGGUUGAGAUUUCCUCAUUUUAGAAUAAUGGAGCAUGAACAGUCUUACAGCGAUAACAGUUGGUGUAAGAUGUACUCAGUUUUUAGUUAGUGUAUAGGAUAUGUUGUGGUUAAAGGUGCAAUGUGUAUGUUAUGGCCAGAAUUUCAGUUUCUAAAACUCUCAUUACCAACAGACUGUGGAGAGGUUAAAAUGUGCUCAUAUUAGCAUAUAGCUCCAGUCUGCACCAACAUGAGAGGACUAAGAAGUAGAGCUGCCCAAGAGCUUGUCAAUGAGACCUCCAUGGUCCCGGUACGCUUUGAUUGUUUGUUUUAUUGUAUUAAAUCCAAAGUAGCAGAAACAGGAAAAGGACCUGCAGCCACACGGCUCCUUCCUGCCACUUUGGAUGGUCCAAUAAAUAAAGUAUCAAAGCAUACAUGAGCCGUAUAGUCCCGGUUCUGCCACAGUAAACCCAAUAUGGCUGACGCAACACAAGGAGAUAUAAGAUGGCACUGUUAUUAUGACCGGCUCUCGUGAGUUUUGGCAGUUUGGUUGUAUUUGACGUAUUCUUGCCCUGCUGUUAGAAGCAGGCUUUUUCUUUUUUAAACUGAUGACUAAGUUUCGAUUGUAUGGACCCAGUAGUAGAGGGGAAGUUCUGGCCCUUGCUUCUUUGGAGCCGGUGGCUCGGUGUUACACAUUGCACCUAUUAACGCACUAAAAUCUGCAGUAAAGAGCUUCCCAUCCAGUCAUCCACCUUCUGAUACAAAUACAGAACUACAUGGGAAAUGAUCAUUGACAAAAUAUUUCAAGUGUUGUACAUGUAACUGCGGAAUUCAGAAUCUGGCCGAUUUAUUUAGGUGUCUGAAAGUGCAGUCAAUAAGUUACAGUUAACAACAACUGUACAGCUAGACUGCUCAUACUAUUGUUAGCCAAUUGAACAACUAGCAAAUCAAAAAUGUCACACAACGUUACUGGAAUUGAACUGUAAAAGCAUUUGAGUAACAUCAGAGUCUGAAAUUCUGAUGUCUUAAAAAAAUGUAACAGAGCAGCUCUUUAAGCCAGAACCCCCCGUCGGAAGCCCGGAGGAUUUGUAGAUGCAGUUAUGUGCUGUCAUAUCAGCAUGGUGACAAACGCUGGUGCUAAAUAGCUACUUUUUUGGCAAUAUUACGUAGCAUCACUAGAUUAAAAUGCCCUUGCGUUUCAUUUUCAACAUUGCAGGCCUUUAAAGGCCAAAUCACACGAGAUGAAAAGCUGCUGCACCACUGCUGUCAGUGGGGAGACAUUCUGUAAUGAAAUGUUAGGACACAAUAGUUACCUUUAGACAGAAGUGGUGAUUAGAGAAAAAUGUUUUCAGUGUAUUAAACAUAUUUCAGUUUUUGAGAUCACCUGUUAACCUAUGGGUGCACCAAUCUGAAAUCCCCUCAGCCUUUUUAAUUGACCUCAGUCCCAACUCCUCUAUUUCUCCCCUCCUGCGGCGCUCCAAGCAGCCUCAGUGAGAGUUACGCAUCUCUGCCUGAACAGCGCCUCAGAGAGCAGCGCUUUAUUCUACCUUAAAUCCCUUGAAUCUGCUGUGUUGAAAAGGCCAAACUGAGAACUCUAAAUGUACAUUUGCUGACACUGCUCACCAGGUCACUGAUCUCAGGGUUGCUGCUUGUGUCACAUAAAACACACAAGAACACACUCUUCUUCUCGGCCUGAUGGGUAUUUGCCCUGUUCCCACAGAACCCACACUUAGGUGUUAAUGUAAUUUGUUCUGAAUGAAUGUCCAUGUUCCAGGAGAAGGCCAACCAGAAGUGUAACACUUAGCAUGAUAGUCCUGAAUCUAAAAUGUGGCGGUGACACAUGUAGCUGAGACUUGACAGUGCUUACAACAGAGAAAGUGUUUCCACAUCUUGGAAAACAAUCUGUGGAAUUCUCCUUAAUUGUUACAAGACAGCCAAUUGUAUAGCGUAGAAGUACAGCCCCGGGUGUGCAGACAGCCGGGUCUUUUGAUCCAUUUGUGCCUGGCCUCUGGUACCGUUUGUAUCUGCAUCUCACUUGCAUUCCUGCUGUAAGUAGUGCAGAUGGAACCUGUGGAAACAGCAAAUCUAAAAUGUCAAUUGCCAUUGUCAUAUUAUAGUUCACCUGUGCGAUCCCAACUCGUGUUUUAGUAAGGAACAUAAAAGCACUUUGCAAUAUGUUGAUCUAUCUACAUUGAAGUGAAGUAGAGGUCAUCCAGCCCUCUCCCACAUGUCCAUGUUUCCCAGAGUAGAAGGUGGCAGCCCUACCUCCAUGAUGUGACCUGGAGCACUUCGACACAGAGUUGUAAGUGGGCAUAAGGAAUUGUCAAAGCCCUCCCUGUUAUCUGUUGUGUUCUUUCAAACUGGACCACUGGAUCUAAACAGGUUGUAUCUGUGACCUGCUUGCUGUGAAUGUCUGACUUUAUUCCUGUAUCCAAUGCAGCAUUGAUUCUACAAAGGACCUCAAGAGCACUUGAACCUAUUUCCUAGCUUUUACUAUGUCACAGUGAUGGAUCCCAUGUAUCUGAUGUAAUUAGAGCUAAAAGGUGACCCCACCCACCCACCCCCCCACUCCCCUCUCGUCCCAGCCUCAUCUCUCCUGCACAUUCUCAGGAAAGCCAGAGAAGGUUGACGAGGUGUUGAGAUUCAAGUUUCCUUUAACCGUCACAGUGCAGCAUGGCAAGAAUAAUGGAUCCAAACCAGCAGCCUCCAACAGUGGAGGCUCAACUCGUGAAAUUGGCCGUGUAGUGGAGAUGGAGGAGCCCUCCUGCUGGAUGUUGUGAGGGAUGGAUGUGAUAUUGGAAAGAAGAUGUUUAGAGAGAAAUGUUCAGAUGAUGCUCUCCCUUCUGCCUUAACUCCAUGAACUAUGUCGAAGGACUUCUCUCACCAGCAUUAUUACCAGCCUCCAAGCGUUGCACCAAUGUCUUAAAAAACUACUGUUGUGCCUCUCUAAGAGUGUCUAAUCUCCUGACUGGGUUUAAGCACUUAUGACAUUUCUAAAAAAGGAUGAAUUUGAUCUGUACCUCAAACACGCAGAAGUGUGGGUUUCUGUUUUUAUUUGUAUUUGAUUCUAGUUAUUUUGGCUCUUGUGCCAUUAGAUUGAAACUAUAAAGGUAGAUUUUAUGAAUCUAAACUCUUUAUCUAGCGACGGACAUUGACACUAUAAUUCGGUCAAAUUUUCUACCUCUACCUUGUCGUAUAUCUUUCUGCAAAAAUCAUUAGAAAUAGUUUAAACCUGUAACAGUUAGGCAGAUUUGUACCACUGUUGAACAUGGGAAUAUGCUCAAAAUUCAACUUUGAAGUACACAUGAGUCCUCGUGGUGUAUUCCAGAGUCAAACAUGGUUCUCUUUACUUGCCUUUAAUGAUAUUUCUACUUAUUUACUACCUCAGAGAAGAGACAGGGGACUGUCCAUCUAACUGCAGAGAAAUGUCUGUGUAGAGUUUUAUUUUUGUCAGAACAAGCACAUGUACUUUGUAACUCCAUAGUUUUUUACUGAGGUUAGCUCACAACAGAAUGAUGUCUAGUGCAACAAGUAGCACAUUGCCUGGCCGCUCACCCUGCAUCUGUUUACUGCCUCUGCCUCUUCAGUCUGGAAUGUUUACUCUGUUUAGGAAUCUGGCUGCAGGAAUUCGCCGUUGCAUGUUGGAAUGUACAGACGACACAUCGGCACUGUGACCUUCACUCCGAGCACCUGAAGAGCAACCUCACUUCCAAAUGGAUGUUUGUUGCUCCGAUGCAGAUCAGUCGAGUACAAUGCCAAACUCUGGCAGCCUCUCCACUGAGCUGUGCUGCUCGUCAGCUACAUAUCCCUGUGAAUUGAAUACCUUUGUAUGAACUCAUCAGUGUGGGCUCUGGAGAUGAUGGUGGACAUUUGUUAUAAUUUUCAACAAUAAUGAAGCACUUGCAAGAAUAGCCUGUCCUCUCCGGUGCAGCAUCUGGACACCGUUGACUCGGGAAACUUCAGUUUGGAUUUGACCUCUUUUGCAGUUUCGGAAGGGUGACACUUGGGGGAGGGGGGCUGAAGGCCCAGUGUUCAUGGUGUGUCGACUGGUCUGUGGUCACUUUAUCAAUUACAAAUAAGCGCCACAAAACCAAAAUACCAUCUGAACUGCCUGAAGGUGUAGGACGUUAUAACUGCUGUCCUUCCCAUGAUCAACGGUACACAGACUGCGUUUCUAUAGCUCUUUCUAGUCUCUGCCACCACUCAAAGCGCUUUACACCACAAGUCAGCAUUCACACACAUUCAUACACUGACACAGGUGCCACACAAGAGGCCACCGGCUCAUCAGGAGAGAGAAACAUUCACACACGCACCGAGCAGUUUGGGGUUCUAUAUCUUGCCCAAGGACACUUGACAUGCAGACUGCAGGGGCCGGGGAUCGGGCCACCGAUCUCUCUCUACCUACUGAGCCACCACAUAUCAGACAAACUCGUUUGUAUACAUGUUUGUCUGAGCACAUCUGCAGUCAAAGUGUUUCUAACUUGUGAAUGUCGUCAUCGUCUUGCUGACUGCGUCUCACUGCCUCUGAUCUCCAACGGCUCUUUGUUGUCUGAAGUUCUCCUGCAGAGGGAGAAACCAGCGCACAAAGUCUCUCCUUGGAGUUGUUGACAUGAAAGUAAAAUAAGUAGUUGUGUGAAGAAGAGCUUGAGAGAAGUUCAUGCCGUGCCUGCUUUCACACCUCACUUCGUGAUGGAUUGUAGUUUUUGGAAAGUUACAAAUCCGCAGCCCCGCUCCAGUUUGGAUGCAGAAUGGGGGUUUCUGUAAGAUGAUCCAACAAGCACUUCUUCUGGAGCAUACUGAGGCCCUUGAAGUGACCUUCAGGAACAGAAGAUGUUCUUGUCCUGCAGCACCUGUAGAGAGGGUGUCUGUGUAGUCACGGGAUACUACUGUUCCCAUUCCUGGAUUCUUUUAAUCACAACCACCAUCCUUUCUUACUGAGUUUGAAUUCUAAACUUAGUAAACCUUUGGAUGUCUGCUGGACAUCUGUCUGCACAACAACACUAAACAUGUUGAAGCAUUCCAGACUGAGGGCAGAGCAGAGCAUAUCAGGCUUCAUUUCACUAAAUGAUCAUCCAGUACUGUUGUGUUGCCUGCAUUUAGGUCGGCUCUGACAUUGCCCACUGCAAUGCAGGUUUCGACACCUUUAACUUAGAUAUAUUUUUCAUUAGGUGUUUGUAUUAUCACUUAAUAGAUUUUAGAAGACAGUGGAAGGAAAAGUUGUCAUUUUCUGAUUGUCUGAACAUAA